ACCGAAAGCGAUGGGGUGAGAGCUGAAGCGUUUCUUAUGUUUUUCUAAACAGAGAAGUCUGGCUUCAGACGACGAGCACCCGAGUUCACGAGAAAUUCAGAAAAUUGGUGACAGAAUCCUGCUUGUUUCAGAUCAAAGAAAUGGUGGUUUAUAAACCCUUCUCUUCAAUCAGGGCUGGAUAUCACUAACUGCUGAGUUCCUGGGGGCAUGCCAUCCUUUCACUUGGCUAGCCAAACCAUCUGCAGCUCCUGAGAAGACUAUCAUUAGCAGGGGAGCCCACUGAAGGCUUUGAAUUGAUGUCACACCAUUCCAGUCCAGCCUGUUCAUUGCAUGAAGCUAAACAUCAUGUUCCCAGAACUGGGUGACAGUGACUGUGAGGAACUACCAGUUUUCCUUUCUGUAACCAAGCCACCUCCUGAUCCAAGAAACAGCAUCCAGCCUCCUUCUCAGAACCAGGUAAUUGUGCUCUGCAGCUCAGACUCAGAGGGUUCAUCCCUUUGCUCUCCUGCCAGGAAAAAGCCCUAUGGUCCACGCAAUUCAGUCAAGAUGGGCGCUCCUAUAGAUGCGAGAAUGCAGCCCAGUAGCGAGAGUGAAGAGGAAGAAGAACUUGUCCCCUUGGCUGAAAGGCUGCAAAGGAAGUUGCUGGUAGCCAGACCCUCUACAACUGCUUCUUCAUUUACUAAGAUCCAAACAAAGAGCGGCCAAGAGUCCACUGGGCAAAACAGGCUCUGUGCCAGCGAUGAAAAAUUGGUGCCUGCCUGCUGGCAGGAGUCAUUACCUGCUGACUCAGAUCUCCAAGAAAACAUGGCACCCAGCACUCGGGAACUGUCAGACGGUGAUCAGGACGUAUCUUCAUGGGAUGCUGAGCCUUUGCCCCAACUUCCAGUUUGCAUCUCUGACGAUAAGGUACAGGAUGGUUCCCACCAAAUAAGGCUGAAGCCCUUCCUCCUUCAGAUAAAUACAAAGCAGAAUCAUCAGGACUUGGACAAAGCUCGCCAGGUUGCCCCACAGAAGAGAAGAGAACAAGGAGCUCAGAAGCGGCUGCAGGAGCAAGAAAAAGAGAGGGCAGUGGGUUUGGUCCAACUUCGGAAAGCCCAAAGACCAGAGCAGUGUCUGAAACACAUUCAAGUAGUUUUAGACCCAGGUCUCUUACAGAUAGAAGGUGCAGAUCAGGUCCUUGCUGCUUUGCAGUCUAUGGAGAGUAGCUGUGUGAUUGAAAGCCAAGCUGUGCCCUGCAGUAUCACCUGGAGAAGGAAAACUGGCCUAGUGCAGGCUGAAGAAGACAACUGGAUGGAAGAACCCAAUGUCCUACUGCCAGUGCUGCUCCCAGAGUUCAUUGCAAUGAUUCAUAACAAUAAGCAGGCUAGCAUGGAAGGUCCUGCUGAGACUCUGCAGAGUUUUGUGGCGAAUAUUGCAGAGAAAAUUCCUGGGAAAACACUGUCACUGGCAGUAACAGGACUGGAAAAAUAUUUCAGUUCUCACAAUCACAAGGCGCAGAAGAAGCUGCAGCAAGCAGAGCAAAGUAGCAAGGUGCAGGAGCAAGCCAAGCCAAGGAACCGGAGAGAAAAGGCAAUUCCAGUACCCCAGUUAUCCAGACUGGAUGUGGAAGAAGCUCUGGUAGAUCUGCAGCUUCACGCAGGUGUCCAGGUUCAAAUGCUUGCAAGCUGGAAGGAGUUGGGAGAACUUGCCAGUAUGUUCACUAAGGCUGUGGCUGAAGCCCCAUUCAAAAAGGAAAGAAAUAAAACCAGCUUCUCCUUCUGCCUUGAGGGAGACUGGUGUAGAGGUAUGAAGGUGGACCGCACUGGAAAGGGGCUGCUUCAGGUGUGGAAAAGACAAAUUCAGCAAUUCAACCGAGUCAGUCUGGAGAUGGCCAGUGCCAUUGUAGCCCGGUACCCUUCUCCUCUGCUGCUGACGCAGGCUUAUGAUAUUCACGCUUCAGAGCAGGAGCGACACAACCUUCUUGCAGAGGUGCCUGUUCGUCGUGGUGAUGGAGUGACAACAACAACAAGGCGAGUUGGUCCAGACCUGUCCAAACGGAUUUAUUUGCAGAUGACUUCCCAUAACCCCGACCUUUCCCUGGAUGUUACUGGGUGAGCUGAAAGUGUGGAUUCUGUAAAACUCUGCUCAAGCAACUUUUAAAAACAUAAUUACUACCCCUAAAUUAAGCUUUUCUGAAGAUACUGCUUGGAUCUCAGUCCAGAUUCUGACUUCCUUUAUCCUGCAGAAAUCUUCAUAAAACCAUUUGAACCAACCAGAAAUUAAGAACUGAAUUUUUUUUCUUCCUGUAACGUAAUAUAGAUUUUAGAGAGCUCUUUUAAAAGGUAGAAAUGACCUGAAACCUAUGAGCAGGAUGGGUUCCAAUAAAGCCAAAUAUUUCAUUCCAUAACCUGUAACUCCUUUAUCACUAUCUACUGUUUUUUCUAGAAAGUAUAUUUGAAAAUAGAUGUGUACAUACUUCAGAACACAAUAAUUAUAGCAUAUAAAGCAUUUAACAAACAGCAUUUGUCAGACAAAAGCUCUUGAACUGCAGCUCUGCUGAGUGAUUCUGGAGUGCCUCAUACAGCAAAUUUUGGCAUAUCUACUUUACAUGCUCUUUCCUUACUUUGAACCAAGUUAUCAAACUCUGCAUUCUUCCCUUGCACCCAUGAUUACUUCUGAAACGGAUGUUAAACUGUUUCUCAGUGCAGGAACUUUUACUGUGUAGAAGUCUGUAUAAAUGGAAAUUACAGAAAUGUUUGGGGGCAUAGUUUCUGAAGAGAUAAGUGACACAGGUACCACUUCAAUGCUAUGGUUCUCAUUACAGAUAUUAGAGAAUUUCUGUCCCCAUUCAUGCUCUUAAAUUUCCAUCAUUUCAAUCUUAUCAAUACACAUUUAGAAGCUUCAAUGACUUUACGUUUUAUUCUAGAUGGACUGCUUUAGAGGGAAAUGCAGAUGCAAAAUAGCUGAACUUCAGGUAGCAAAAGGAACAUUGUUGUAAGAACAGCAGACAAGCUUUUGCUAAGUUCACACUCAACACUGAACCGUAAUAUAGUUCUUACUUACCAUGUUGUGGUAAUGGUCAAAUGUAAUUUAUUCAAUAGUUUACUGACAUGUGUCUAAUCCAUGGUCUGUUAACAUCUAACUUUUGGGUAUACCAUUGAUAGAACCUUGUCAAUGUGUUCCUUGAAUGGUCUUCAACAAAAUUAGAGAAUGUAGACUACUACCGAAAGAUAACAUUCGGGCAGAUGUGGAAGUAUGUAUGUUUCUAUCUAGAGCAGUGUUUCUCAACCUAGCAACUUUAAGAUGUGUGGAAUUUAACUCCCAGAAUCCCCCAGCCAGCAAGUCCACACAUCUUAAAAGUUGCUGAGGUUGAGAAGCACCUAUCUACAGAGAGUUACACACACCCUCAUUUUCCCACCAGUGUAGUUUAGAUUAAAUGCUGUAACGUUUAAGGUUUUGGCUGUGAAACAUCACAUCUUGAUGUACAAAUCACAGAUCAAGCAACAGAGAAAUAUUCCCUAUGCUUGCAUGUAACAGGAACUAAGUGGGGACCAGGCAAGUUAGUCUUCUCUAUACUUGGAUGGGACUCCUCUAUGACAGCGUUUCUCAACCUCGGCAAUUUUAAGAUGUCUGGACUUCAGCUCCCAGCAUGCUGGCUGGGGAAUUCUGGGAGCAGAAGUCCACACAUCUUAAAGUUGCCGAGGUUGAGAAACGCUGCUCUAGGGAAUAUUAAGGCUGUAGGCUAUACCAGGAAGUUGAAAAACAUCCUGGAAGAAGGCACUGGCAAACCAUGUUCAUAUUGUUCAUGAAGUCACCAGGAGUCAAACCUGAUUUGAAGGAGACUUUAUGUAACAAUCAAACUUUGCUCUUGACUGUCUGGAUGAUUUAGCCACCUAGUAAAAUGAUUUCCAGAAUGAUCAUAUUUGCUGGAACCACCUAGUAUAACGAUUUCCAGAAUGAUCAUAUUUGCUGGAACCGUAAUAUGCAAAGGCUGUGCGUGGAGAAGCUUUUUAGAAUGACGAGCUAACUUCACUGGUCAUGGUAAGGGUGCUGUUAAGGAUAGGCACUCUUUUCUACAGACCAGGUGCCUAUGAUUUGCAGCCUAAAAAAGGCUCCACUCUGGAGGAAGGACAUGUUGUUUAUCAAAAGAACUGCAGGUAGAUACAGUAAAGAUGAUCUGGGCCGUGUUUCUGCUCUGUUUGAAGUCACCACUGCUAAAGAACUGAAAGUGAUUUUCACCAGAGCUCAAUUCCAUAGGAAUUCUGGCAAUGUUGAUGCAAAAAAAAAAAAAAAAAAA